ACGUCAAAAAAAUAAACAUUGAAAAUUGUGCAAAUUGAUACUUGAUCUCGGAUUGUAAAAAUCGGAUUAAUCGCUUUUGUAGUUCUGAGUGAUCAUUAAAAUUUCGAAAAAGAGCUUCGGAAAAGUUUUUUUGCGUUCGCUCACGCGAAUCGCAGAAAGUAGAACUGCACGGUAGUCGGAAUGAUUGAGUUUAGGACGAAACCACGACGUGUUGGUUCCGAGUUUAGUGCAUAUUUUAUUUUAGUUUGCUUGGUUGCCCUGUUAGAUCAUAACUGCUGCAAUGGAGAAUCAACGGAUAUUGAAUUGGAUGCGAAGGCUAAUAAGAUGCACCAGAUUGAUAGCCUAAACUUGCUAUUGUACACGUUUCUAUUAACGUUGACCGUGCUCACCAUUUGGCUCUUCAAACAUCGUCGGGUUUCAUGGCUUCACGAAACUGGACUAGCCGUCAUUUACGGUCUCAUCGUGGGGGCCAUUAUACGUUAUGCGGGCACUACAACACCAAUAACGCACGUGGUUGUGGAACCUGAGCCAGAUGUCAAAUACAAUCAAAGCCUUCCACCAGAUACACUAUGGCUGACGUUUCCCGGAAAACUUCCGUAUGAUAUCGACUCACCGGUUCGCACAAAUAAAAGUUAUUCGUACAGUUUCCGAGGUGAAGUUGCCAAGCUAGAGGAGAAUGAAAUAGAUUUGAAAGCGACCUUCGAUCCAGAAAUCUUCUUCAACAUUAUCUUGCCCCCGAUCAUCUUUCAUGCAGGAUACAGUCUUAAAAGGAAAUAUUUUUUCCGCAACCUGGGAGCUAUAUUAACAUUCGCUAUAAUUGGGACGACCCUGUCUGCAUUUUUAAUCGGCGCGUUAAUGUAUGGAUUCGCCCAGAUGAUGCCAAAGUUGAGCGCCAGUUUCACAUUUCUCGAUAUGCUCUAUUUUGGAGCACUUAUCUCACCGACUGAUCCACUGACAAUACUAGCAAUAUUUAGCGAUUUGAAUGUCGAUGUUAAUCUGUAUGCCUUGGUGUUUGGCGAAAGUGUUUUGAAUGAUGCAGUUUCGCUUGUACUUAGCGGCGCAAUUCAAAACUACGGCGAACACUACUCAAGUACCGGUGACUUUGAGGGUCAUGCGUUUCUCAGAUCGCUGGGAGAUUUCUUUAGUGUAUUUUUCUUCUCGCUUCUGAUUGGAGCAUCGAUGGGUUGUAUUACGGCACUCAUGACCAAAUUUACCCAUAUUCGUGAUUUCCCAUUACUUGAAUCGGCACUUUUCGUACUGAUGUCGUACAGUACUUUUCUAAUAGCAGAAGCAGCUGAGCUGACAGGCGUGGUUGCUGUACUAUUUUGUGGUAUUUGCCAAGCUCACUAUACGUACAACAAUCUGUCGGAUGAUUCACGGACUCGAACAAAACAGAUUUUUGAAUUGUUAAAUUUCCUCGCAGAGAAUUUCAUAUUCUCAUAUAUCGGUGUAUCGAUGUUCACUUUCCCCAAGCACCAUUUUGAUCCUCUGUUCAUUUUUACAGGUUUCAUAUGUGCAGCUAUAGGCCGAGCUGUGAAUAUCUAUCCUCUUUCGGCAUUACUUAACAUUGCUAGGAAACCAAAGAUUUCAUGGAAUUUUCAACAUAUGCUUUUCUUUGCUGGUCUUAGAGGGGCUAUGUCAUUUGCUCUAGCAAUUAGAAAUACUGUAUCCGACGCACGUCAAGCUAUGCUAACAACGACUUCACUAAUUGUCAUUGCCACCGUUAUAAUUCAGGGAGGUGCAGCGAAUUUCCUGCUAAACUGGUUAAAAAUACCAAUCGGUGUUGAUGACGAAACAGAGGCUUUACCGUAUCAAGGUGUCAGAAGCGUCUACAAUUCAAUGGAGAACACAACCGGGUCUCUCGACGUGGGCCUAAAUUUGAGUCAGCUGCAGGUCAAUAGAAGGACCAGUUCAUUGGAUCUCGAGAACCAAGACAGCGAAGGAGUGACUACUCCUGGAGGAACUAGAAGAGGAAACGAGAAAGCUGUGCUUGCUCGUGUUUGGGGCAAUUUUGACACGAGAUAUAUGAAACCGCUGUUGACUCAUUCCCGUCCAACACUAUUGGAAACACUCCCGGUAUGCCUCAGUCCGAUUGCUAGGUUACUAACCACGACCGAGCAAUUGACACAGGAGGGCCCAACGAGGCGUGCGGAUUCGGACUCGGAUUUGUGUAUCGAUGACGACGAUCGUGCUUCGCGAGGUGAUGGCACCAUUCGACGAAAUUCGAUCAAUCGUCCUAAAAUGAGAAAAUAGUAUCCAUGGUUGUUUUGUUAGAAGAUUAAGAAAAUAACAGAAAUCGAGUAAAUCAUAUUCUGUUGUGUCCACCAAAUUGUAUAUAUUCUAGCCAAUAUCCUAUUGAAUUACACUAAAAUUAGAAUAUUUUAAGUUGAUUCGUACCAUUCAGGUGCGAUUUGAACAAUCUCUGGAAACACAAAAAAAUGGAAUUACGAUACAGACUGUGCAACUUAAGUUGACCUAUUCAGUGGUGCUAAACGAAACACUGAUGAGAAGAUAUGUAUUGAAUAUAGUAUCUAGAGCAUUAAAAAUUGAAAAUUAUGUGAAAUUGCUAUACAACUCGUUUUGAUAGGUUACCCGUACUUUGUAUCAUAUCAAACGACCUCUUUGUUCUCCCCAGAGGAAAGAUAAACUUCUUCCAUGCAUUCUAUCAACUGACGUUUUCUGAUUGUUAUCGAAAUGUUCUAUCAAUCUCUAUGUACUAUACCAAACAAAAAAAAAACUUUAGUUAAAUUAUGUUUGAUGUUAUCUUUAUUCGCGUUGUUUCUUGUUAUGUAUUUUUUCCUUUGGAAAUAGGAGGGAAGAGGUCAAAAGGUCAGUUUCCUGUGCUCGUAAGAAAUUCAAUUGGACUUUUCAAAUGUAGUCCAAAAAUUAAUCUCGUUUUCUGAAGAACUGCUCUAUGAUCAAUUUGAUGAUUUUAAUUCGAUAUUUUAAAUAGAAACCAGAUUGACCCUAACUUAGUUGUAACAAUUUUAUGGGAGAUUACUGUAUAAUCUUAGUUGGCAAAUUCGUUGAGGAUAGUAAGAUUGUAAGAAAUAUUCAAAAAUGCCAUUUUUGUGAAUAUUUUAGAGUUCUAAUUUUACUUAGAAGGGAAGCAUGAUUGUAGUUUCGUUAACCAGAAUUCGAAUCAAGAGAAUAAUAAUUUCGAAAAUGAGUUCAAUAUUGAUACAUCCCGGACCUUAAUUCGCAAUGUCUACAUGAUCAACAUUCCCGGAUUGGUGGUUCAAUGCAUAAUUCACCAUGUACAGGGCCGCCGAGAAGGGAGGGAGAAAGGGGGAAUUCCCCCGGGGCAGGACUUUUUCAGAGUGUCCGGAAAUUCGAAGAUUUAGAAAUAUUUCUUAUUGCUCAUAAUUAAAUCAUAUCUUCGAACCUUUUUUCUCUUUGCUUGUUCAAAUCCCCCCAAGCCCGGCGGCCCUGACCAUGUGUCGUGUGUUCGAGACUCGAUCUGGAACGAUUCUUAGUGUCAAUAUACGCUAAGAUAUCGGUUGAAACACAGAAUGUUCGAAUUCCACAAAUAAAUGUCAUACCUAGACUUUGUGUUCUUAUAAAAAAUCGACACUUUCUGAACUGGUAUCUUGAUUCGGGGCACAAACUGUAUCGCCAUCUAUUUCUUAGAUGUAUAGGUAAAAAAGUGCCAAUAUGCAUAACGGAUUCAUCGAAGCAUGUUUGCCUGAGCGGUUGAACGCUAGUUAAAUUAAUUUCACAAACUCUUAAGUUUAUGUCCAAAGCAUAGCUGGCUGGAUUUUAGGUUAUGUGAAACGUCCAAUUAAAAAUAUUUUAAUUGAAAACAACCUCUUGAUUUGAACGAAAAUGAAUAUUGGCAGAAUCUGUGAUGAUACACAACAAUGAUUUAUAAUUUAUAAUUAGUUUUAGUACUUAAUUGUUAAGUUUUUUUCUGUCAGUUUUCAUAGAAAGCACGCGUUAAUAAAUAUUCAAAAAAAGCAGUGAAAAAUGGAAUACGUUCGCUAAAAAAACAUGAAAAUUUUUCCUCAGAGAGGCUAGGUUUUAAUCAAAUGUACCAUAUUAGGUUUUUAGACUAUUGCGGUGUCAUAAAUGAGAGUUCUACUGAACAGAGUUACAAGAAUCGAUUAUGUUUCACGAUGUUGAUAAUGUUGAAAUAGAAGUGGUGUUUCCACGAGUGUACAUGAUUUGAGAAUAUUAGCCCUUAGAUACCAAUCAAUCAUGAAACGAGUGAAUAUUUGCCCCAAAUACAGUGUCCUAUGCGA